ACGCGGCCCGAAUGGCGGCCGACAAGCGCCCGGCGGCCGGACCUCGGUCGCGAGCUGCCAUGGCCCAGUGGAGGAAGAAGAAAGGGCUCCGGAAGCGCCGAGGCGCGGCCUCCCAGGCCCGCGGCAGCGACUCGGAGGACGGCGAGUUUGAGAUCCAGGCGGAAGAUGACGCCCGGGCCCGGAAGCUGGGACCUGGCAGACCCCUGCCCACCUUCCCCACCUCGGAAUGCACCUCGGAUGUGGAGCCGGACACCCGGGAGAUGGUGCGUGCCCAGAACAAGAAGAAGAAGAAGUCUGGAGGCUUCCAGUCCAUGGGCCUGAGCUACCCGGUGUUCAAAGGCAUCAUGAAGAAGGGGUACAAGGUGCCGACACCCAUCCAGAGGAAGACCAUCCCGGUGAUCUUGGAUGGCAAGGACGUGGUGGCCAUGGCCCGGACGGGCAGUGGCAAGACAGCCUGCUUCCUCCUCCCAAUGUUCGAGCGGCUCAAGACCCACAGUGCCCAGACCGGGGCCCGCGCCCUCAUCCUCUCGCCGACCCGAGAGCUGGCCCUGCAGACCCUGAAGUUCACUAAGGAGCUAGGCAAGUUCACUGGCCUCAAGACUGCCCUGAUCCUGGGUGGAGACAGGAUGGAAGACCAGUUUGCAGCCUUGCACGAAAAUCCUGACAUAAUUAUUGCCACGCCCGGACGGUUGGUGCAUGUGGCUGUGGAAAUGAGCCUGAAGCUGCAGAGUGUGGAAUACGUGGUGUUCGAUGAAGCUGACCGGCUUUUUGAAAUGGGUUUCGCAGAGCAGCUGCAGGAGAUCAUCGCCCGCCUCCCCGGGGGCCACCAGACGGUGCUGUUCUCCGCCACUCUGCCCAAACUGCUGGUGGAAUUUGCCCGGGCUGGCCUCACGGAGCCCGUGCUCAUCCGGCUUGACGUGGAUACCAAGCUCAACGAGCAGCUGAAGACCUCCUUCUUCCUCGUGCGGGAGGACACCAAGGCUGCCGUGCUGCUCCACCUGCUGCGCAACAUGGUGCGGCCCCAGGACCAGACCGUGGUGUUUGUGGCCACGAAGCACCACGCCGAGUACCUCACUGAGCUGCUGACGACCCAGUGGGUGAGCUGCGCCCACAUCUACAGUGCCCUAGACCCGACAGCCCGUAAGAUCAACCUCGCCAAAUUCACGCUUGGCAAGUGCUCCACUCUCAUUGUGACUGACCUGGCCGCCCGAGGCCUGGACAUCCCGCUGCUGGACAAUGUCAUCAACUACAGCUUCCCCGCCAAGGGCAAGCUCUUCCUGCACCGCGUGGGCCGUGUGGCUCGGGCUGGCCGAAGUGGCACAGCCUACUCCUUGGUGGCCCCUGAUGAAAUCCCCUACCUGCUGGAUCUGCACCUGUUCCUGGGCCGCUCCCUCACCCUCGCCCGACCCCUCAAGGAGCCCUCAGGUGUGGCCGGUGUGGAUGGCAUGCUGGGUCGGGUGCCACAGAGUGUGGUGGACGAGGAGGACAGUGGUCUGCAGAGCACCCUGGAGGCAUCGCUGGAGCUACGGGGCCUGGCCCGUGUUGCUGAUAACGCCCAGCAGCAGUAUGUGCGCUCACGCCCGGCGCCCUCGCCUGAGUCCAUCAAGAGGGCCAAGGAGAUGGACCUUGUGGGGCUGGGCCUGCACCCCCUCUUCAGCUCGCGUUUUGAGGAGGAGGAGCUGCAGCGGCUGAGGCUGGUGGACAGCAUAAAGAACUACCGCUCCCGGGCGACUAUCUUUGAGAUCAACGCCUCCAGCCGAGACCUGUGCAGCCAGGUGAUGCGUGCCAAGCGGCAGAAGGACCGCAAGGCCAUCGCCCGCUUCCAGCAGGGACAGCAGGGGCGGCAGGAGCAGCAGGAGGGCCCAGUGGGCCCAGCCCCGAGCCGCCCAGCACUGCAGGAGAAGCAGCCUGAGAAGGAGGAGGAGGAGGAGGCGGGAGAGAGUGUGGAGGACAUUUUCUCAGAGGUCGUGGGCCGGAAGCGGCAGCGGUCAGGACCCAACAGGGGAGCCAAGAGGCGGAGGGAGGAGGCCCGGCAGCGGGACCAGGAAUUCUACAUCCCCUACCGGCCCAAGGACUUUGACAGCGAGCGGGGCCUGAGCAUCAGCGGGGAAGGGGGAGCCUUUGAGCAGCAGGCAGCUGGUGCUGUCCUGGACUUGAUGGGGGAUGAAGCCCAGAACCUGACCAGGGGCCGGCAGCAGCUCAAGUGGGACCGUAAGAAGAAGCGGUUUGUGGGACAGUCAGGACAGGAAGACAAGAAGAAGAUUAAGACAGAGAGCGGCCGCUACAUCAGCAGCUCCUACAAGCGAGACCUCUAUCAGAAGUGGAAACAGAAACAGAAAAUUGAUGAUCGUGACUCGGACGAAGAAGGGGCAUCUGACCGGCGAGGCCCAGAGCGAAGAGGUGGGAAGCGAGACCGUGGCCGAGCAGGUGCAUCCCGGCCCCACGCCCCAGGCACCCCUGCAGGCCAAGUCCGCCCGGAACUCAAGACCAAGCAGCAGAUCCUGAAGCAGCGGCGCCGGGCCCAGAAGCUGCGCUUCCUGCAGCGUGGUGGCCUCAAGCAGCUCUCUGCCCGCAACCGUCGCCGCGUCCAGGAGCUGCAGCAGGGCGCCUUCGGCCGGGGUGCCCGCUCCAAGAAGGGCAAGAUGCGGAAGAGGAUGUGAGGACCAGGACCCAGCCCCGUGGCUCCUUGAUUGGCCUUAGGGUGGGCAUCAGCAGACGUUCCCGUGCACCACUGUGUGCCUGGCCCUGUGCUGGGCACUGGGGGCACUCCCUGCAAGAGCCAUCAUCUGUGAAAAGGAGCACUGUAUGGCCACAGAAGGGCAGCAGCUGCGUCAACCUAAGACAGAGACAUUUGAACAGGGCCUUGAAGGGUGUGCAGGAGAUCGCCAGCAAAGCCAGGCAGGCCAAGACUUGAGUUGGCAACUCAGCUGCUGCUGCUUCCAUGUGUUCUGGGUUCAGAGGUCAUGGCUGCACCGGUCAGAGCCCUGAGUGCCUCAGGGUUUGGCAAUGGAAUUUUUAAUGUAAUAAAUCUUUAUUGAGCACUG